AUGUCUUUUUACGGAUUUCUGAAGAAGUUGGUUUUAUUCGUUUUAAUUGUGGCUAUUGCUGUUCCUCUGCGAUAUGGUUCAACAAAUCAUCAAUAUGUUUUAAUGCGUCUACUACAUUCCACAUUAUCAUUGAAACAUUGUCUGCUAUCCGAUCAAGCUCGACCGACACUUAGUGCAGACUAUCGUGCCUUUGAAGAAAUAUUGCGGAUGCAUCUGAUACCAGAAAUUGAUCCAUUAAGAGAUCCACUUUCUAUUGUCAAAGAAAUACGUUCAAGCGUCUCGCUUGCUGCUGCAAUUCCUAAACCAACUCACUGUCAAGUGACUAGACAAGUGUUUGAGCAUGAUACACAUACGGUAGAUGCCUUUUGGGUUAAUCAUCAUCAGAAAAAGUUACAGAAAGAAUCCAAUAAAAUAGUACUCUACUUCCAUGGUGGGGGAUAUAUAUCAGGUGAUAUUCAUAGUUAUAGUGGAUUUGAAUGUCAUUUGUCUCAGCUUUUCAAUGUAACCAUACUUCAUGUGGAAUAUCGACUUAUUCCUGAGCAUCCAUUUCCUGCAGCUCUUGACGAUGCAACUGCAAUCUAUCGCGCUCUUCUUCUCCAUAAUAUUUCACCAUCUCAAAUGGUUAUUAUGGGUGAUUCAGCUGGCGGUGGUCUCGCUCUGCUAACAGUGCAAGCUAUAAUUGCGCGUCAAUUAUCGGUACCUCGUGGUGUUAUUGUCCUCUCUCCCCAGACUGAUCUUUCACUAUCUGGUGAAAGUUAUACACGUAAUCGUCUUACAGAUGUAAUGCUAAGCACUAAUACCACCAAGUGGAUGGUUAAAAUACUAAUGGGUACGAAUCAUCCUGAAUUAUCGCCGGACAGUUCUUUUUUUAGUCCUCUUUUUGGUACAUUCGAAGGAUUUCCACCGAUGUAUAUUAAUGUAGGCACAGCUGAUAUAAUAGAAGAUGAUUCCAGAAGACUUGUAAAAAAGGCUCAAGAUGCCGGUGUCGAUGUAACAUUUGAAGAAGGUUUACAUUUAAUGCAUAUUUAUCCAAUAUUUUUUCUCUAUUAUCCAGAAGCACGAAAUACACUUAAUAAUAUUAACAAAUGGAUUCAAAAAAUCUAA